AUGCCUUCAACGAAGCGACCCGCUCCACGAUCUGCGUCGCCGCAGACCCCUCCCCCCAAGCGCAUGAGGACCUCCGACAGUGUCCAAAAAGCAACGCGUUCGAACAUAUCUGCGGUUGAACCAGGCGUCAUUGAUGUCAUGAACCGCGCGCUGGACUACACCAACGCCGCAACGAAGUACUGGAAGAUUGCCGCCAAGGAAGCCAAUGCCGAGAUCGAUCACUGGAAGAAGGAGUGCGAGCGAUGGAGCGACAGGGCUAGCAGAAGCGAUGCUGCUGUGGUGGACGAGAAGCGUGAGAGGCUCGCGGCGCAAAACGCACAGCAAGACGCGGAGCGUCGCUGCGGCCAGUUGUUGGCAAAGCUGGCCACACACAGGGACGCCCUCCUGCAGAUUGGCGGCCUGUCCAAGAGAACGACCGAUGGCCCGAGCACCCUUUCCGUCUUGGAGGAGGAAGAGAGAUGGAAAUCAGAGGACUCUGAAGACGAGGGCAACCACGACGAACCAGAGGCCUCUGGAGACGAAUCUAGAGACGAGAGCGGCCAUGGGGUGUUUGCAGACGGAAGCGACCUUGAUGAUUUGGAAUGGGCGGGGAUUACAAGAGAAAUGCGCUCACUGGGAUAG